UGAUGAGAUCGCUGGCCGCAGUUUUCUGAACGCGGCCUCUUCGGCGAUGUGCUCGGACGAUCUCCAGGGAAGGCCCUUCUAAAAGGGACAACCAAAACGCCAUGAAUAAUAAGAAUGAUAACAAAUGGAGGCCCAUGGCCAUAUCCAACCCAUCGACGCGUCUCCGACUCGCCAAAAACAUGCCUCAAUGGGUUUACAAAACGGGGUCAGGAGCACCGCCCCCACCAAUCCCAGUUGAGGAAAAGUCCCACUCGUCAUUUUCAAAAAACCAGGAACCUGAUUAUGAAGUCAUCGAAUUUGGCCAACAAUACUCAAAUGCGCCCCCAAUACCCAUUAAAAAUGAACCCAAAAGGGCCGAUGGAAGACACUGCCAACUUUGUGGUACCUCCAAUCCUUCCAUCAAAUGCGACCAUUGCAACCAGAUCUUCUGUAUUUCAUGUGACGAUAUGUACCACAGACACCCCAAACGCCAGAGUCACUUCCGACGCACUAUGGAGACUUCAAUCCGGCCCCCGCUGCCCCCGAAAGGAGAGAUGCAAUCUGCCCCUGUGCCACCCCCUCGUCGCCACCGUCGUGCCGGAUCCAUUGGACCGUCCCCAUGUCCCAGCCCCACCCCUAUGAGACACAACCAGGGGGUUCCCACUUUGCCUCGGAAAGACACAUUUUCAUUCAAAGACAAGAUGAAUAGUCUGAAACGGAUGGUGGGGUCGAGGCCUCUACCUCCGACACCGAUUUCACCUUCGUCACGCGUCUCAGCGAGCCCCCCAAGUUUCGAUAGGUACAAUCGCGGGUUCGAAGUACCAAGCCCCAGUCCCUCGCUGCAACAGAGGUACCGCCAACAUCAGCUCGCAAUGAGGGGUACCACCCCUAAUCUAUCAAGUGCCGGCUCUGAUUUUGAUAAGCCCCCGAGUCGCGACAGCGGAUACCCUGAUUGGGAUAACGAAUGGGGUCGUUUCCGAUCUGGAAGCAUUUCCGGGUCUGAAAACGGUUCCCGGUUACGGAAAUUGAGCAACACUUCGUGCCCUCCACCCAGGAGUCUCCCACACAGUGCGUCAGUGUUUGAUUUGAAUAAUCCCAUGCACCACCACCACCAUCAUGGGUUUAUUCCUAUGCAACAAGCGCAAAGUAUGGCCCAGCUGAACUGUCCGGGGUGCUACCAAGGGGGCUGGAUGGAUUGCGGGUGUGAUAGGACUGGCAGUAAUUUGAGUCUAAACAUGGCACCAGGGCCGUAUCCGGUCAAUCCGAUGUGGAUGGGGACUUGGCAUGGACCUCCGCCGAGUACCAUGUACCCAUAUCCGGUCCCGAUGGGUCACAUGCAUCACCAUUCAAGACCACCAUCGCCCACUCACAGCAUCAAAUCUCGGAAGUCUUCCAUGAGUAAAAAGAGUCGGAGGAAGUACCGCGAAAGUGAAGACACCGAUGAUGAUUUGGAAGACCGAAGAUCGAUUUUUAGUCACAAUGAUCGAAGCGAGAGAAAGUCGAUAGGGUCGAGGUUCCCGGAAAGACAAAAAUUGUCACGUGACACUGCUUCCAUGCCUCGGGAAAUUUCGAGGAAAAAUUCAGACCGAAUUGAGAGAAUCUCAAACGUACGAAGUAGGCGUGGCUCCUCUAGUGAGAGCGACGAUGAGCAAUCGGAGAGUCAGAAAGAGAGUGAAGUUCUUGAUGAAUCUGAAGAAACAGAAGUAAAGCCAAUACCGGAAAUACCGACCUCGAGUUGGGAGUGUGAACACUGCACUUUUGUAAAUGAUCCUGGCACUAAAGUUUGUCUUAUUUGUUGCAAAACUGCAACAGUUAAUGUUAAACUUGUCAAAAUCGAAGAGAAAAUAGAGAAACCUGAGCCAAAAUUGCAAACGACUCGAUCGAGUGAUGACUGUAGCAAAGACUACAGCGAGACCGAAUCCCUUUUAAAUAAAUUGGGCAAACUAAAAACCUCCGAACCGAAAUCCCCCGAUCCGAAGAAAGGAAAAGAUGCAAGUGAAGCGGUGUCAUUGGAAAGUAGUGUUAGUGCGGUUAAAGCGGUCGGUACUUCCCCCGAAAAUGACACUAGUGUUAAUAAAGUGACGACGGGCACAUCGCCACCUCCUCAAAACAUGUCGACACAAACUUAUGAAGACGUUCCCCCAGUCGGGGAAAUCCCGAAAUCACCACGAGGACGACCGGCGAGUCGCAACAAUCGUCGGAGAGAUUUGCGAAGAUCGAAUUCGGUACACAUGGGGACGAGACGAGGCUCCGAAUGGUCGCUGCAUCGUAGCUCGAGUCGGCACUCUUUCACCACUGAUUCGCAGAGUUUGCCGGGGAGUCGAGAUCAAAGUCCGACACCUUACGAUUACAGCGAGGAAAAUAUGGACAGGUUGCGAAAACCGUCAAUGGGUCGGUCAUACUACAGCAUCAUGGAUUUGCGAAAACCGGAACUGUACCGGAAUGAACCGGCAUUUUACAGGAAUGAAUUCCCAAGUCACCGCAACCGUUCCGACUCAUUCGACCUCCCCGAAUCCGGCUUCAACAGCUUCAAAUCGCAAGGAAUGGAGCUGGUGAAGCUCCUCCGCGAGGCAGAACAAUACAAAUACACCGCUGAUGAGGUCCAAGCGGCCCUGUGCCACUGCAAGGACAUGAAUCCAAUCGAUUGGUUGCGUCAAAAUUGGGAAGCGACCAUUGCGAGCGUCCAGACAUUGGCCACACAGAUGGGACGCGAGGGUCCCAUGAACAUCGUCGGAACGGUCUCCGAGGAAGAGGCCAGGGCCGCUUUGAGACUUCACAAGGGAAAUCUGUGGCCGGCGGUUACAGAGUGUGUGGAGCAAAGACAGAGAAAGUAUGCCGAACUCGCGUCACGUGGAGAGUUCAAUCGGGAGGAUAUUCUGACGGUGUUGACGGCACAUCACGGUGACUUGGAGGCGGCGUUUAACGAGUUAAGUAAAACUCAGCUGAAGCCGUUUUUGAUGAGGAUUUGGGGGCCGCCGGUCGGUACGGAGAAUGAAGCAGGUAAUGAGGGGGCGGUGCUGGAGAAGAUUGGGGGUGAAGAUUUAGAGACUGUAUUGAGUGAUAAGGAUUUGGCGAAAGCGGUAAGUGAUAGUAGUGAUAAAGUGCCCCCUACAACUACUGACCAGGAGUUAAAAAAAACUCCAACUGAAGUGCUAGAAAACAUUGAAUCACAAAUUUUGCAAAAUUUGCGAGACAUGAACAAUCUUAGUGAGACUUUAGAAAGUAAGGACGCGCCCCCUAAAACUAACAAAAUCUACGUAGAGAAGAGUAGUACCGUUAUACAAGUGUUUGAUCACGAUUAUGAAGUCCCGGAAGCUGAAAGAGACGAACAAAAACCGGAAUCGGAUUUUAGUGAUACUGAAAGUAGUGAUGAAGGUAAUAGAGUUGAGGAAUUUGUGGAUGCCGUGAGUGAUAUGCCAGAUCCUCCUCGCCUCAAACGAAAAAGUGUCAGUACCUUAAAUAUCACUUUAGCCAAUAAGAAAGAACCUGGGACAAGUACCGCACUUCCGGUAGCUAAAGUGAUCCAAGUUGAGGAUAUUUCAGCCGAGAAUGAAGUUGUACUUGAAAGUACUGCAAAUAUUCAGUUGCAGAGUGUCCCAAAAAACGAUCAAGCGGAGGCCUCGGUGAGUAGAAACGAAACAGAGGCCUCCGUUGUUGUUUCAUGUGGCGAAAGUAAAAGUUAUACAGAGACAAAAAACGAUUUACAACAAGGUCCGUCGACUCUCGUGAAAACAAAGAACAAUCUAACUAAAGAUUCUUUGAAAAUAAAAAAAAUACAACAAGAAGUUUCGAAUGGGCAAAAAGUAACAAAAAACGAUGUAAAUCAGGCUCCUUCAAGUCAGAUUGAAAUAAAAGAGAAUCAAGCUGAUGAUUCAAAAAAUCGUGUUGAAACAAAAGACGACGAUCUAAGUGUGAAUAACACCAAAGAUAAUCAAACUGACAAUUCAAAAAACACCAUCGUAAGUAAGAAUGAUACAAAAGAGGGUCUAGAUGAAGCUUUAAUAAAUCACAACGGAACGAAAAACGAUCUAAAUGAGACUUUAAAGGGCAUCGAAGAAACAAUAAAAGAUCCGAAUGAAUUUUCUAAAACUGGCAAUGCUACAAAUGAAAGUGGUGACGUGAAAGCAUCUAAAGAAAAACCGAAAACCGAUUUGAAAGAGGCUUCAGAAAAUAACGAAAUUAAAGAAAAUCUAAAUGUUUCUAAGAACGAAGAUGUAACAGUUGAAGAAAAAAUAGUUCAGGGCGGUGAAGUAAAAGUCAUAACUGAGAAUAAAAAAACUAAGCACGAUSUAAAUAAGGACGAAAAAAAUCAUAAUGAAACAAAAGACACUGUGACGGACCCAAAAACAUUUGAAAAUGGUGAUGCAAUCACUUCUAAAGAUAAUGUACAAACAAGAAACGAUGAAUCGGUGAUUUCACGCACUAAUAAUGAAACAAGAGACGAUUUGAAUAAGGUUCUGAAAAGUGAAAACGCCGCAGUUGUGCUGACAACAAUUGCGAGUGCUGAUGAAAAAGUAUCCAAUGAGAGCGAAAAAACAAAACACGAAAUUAAUCUUAAAGAAACAAAAGACAUUACAAGGGAACCAAACACUAUUCAAAAUGCUAAAAGUUCUCAAGAUAAUGAGGAAACAAAAAAUGAUCUAAAUUCGGAAAAACCUUCUACAAGUAAUACACCAAGUUCUAUCGAAAUUAAAAAUCAGAAUGAAGGUCUUUCUGAGGUUGUAGAAAGUAAGCCACCGUUGACAAAAAAGCAGAAAAAGGCUCUAAAAAAAUCAAAACGUCGAGCUCAGAAAAAAGCAGCUCGAAGAGGUUCUACAACAAGUACCACAGAGUCGAGCAGUGGUGAGAAACAGUCUACAGAGAUGGACAGUGAGGUGCCUCAACCGAUCGUCAAAGAUUAUGAACCGAAAAUUGAAAAUUCCGGUCCUGGUAACGUUGAAAAACCCUCGGCUUCCACUGAAAYCCAACCAAAAAUUUCAACAACAAUUCAAAUACCCCAAAAUAAACAAUCACUACUUCCGGUUCCGCCAAAACGACCAUCCAGAAUACCCAUUUCGCGUCAGAGAUCGGUUUCUAAAAGUGAACCGAAAUCACCUGAUGUGCAAAGUAAAAUUCCGAUUAAAACCGGGAGUCAUAUUCCGGUUAGAAGUCCAAUUGAAAAGGCGAAAAGUAACCCAGAAUCGGAGAAACGUCCAGUUAUUCAAAAACGAAAGUCGGAUGAAAUUGCUCAAGAGAUGAAACAAAGUGUUCAAACUGUUAAAGAGAUGAACCGACAAUUGAAUACUGGGAACAAGGGAAGUCUCAGUUCAUUUCGCAAUAGUUCGGUUGAGUCUACAACAAGUUCAAAGCAACUGUCUUAUACGAAGUCACUAGAUAACGAUAGUGAUUCUUCUGUUUCUGAUAGUAACGUUGAAGAGUUACUCGACCCGAGCACUGACGAAGAUAGUUACGAGGAUUUUGAAGAGUAUGAUGGGAUUGAAGAGUCGGACACUGAAGAUUAUAACGAGUUUGAUAAAAAGAAAGCGAAAAUUGCCAAAGAGUUAGAUAUUAAUUUGGCACAGAUUAGUGCAAGAGUCGAAGAGUUAACUACAAGUUUGGGUCGUAAAAAUGAGUAUUUUGAUGAGACGUGUGAGUCGGAGGAGGAGUACGUUUCUGAAGAAAGUGAGGAGGAAGAGGAAGAAGAAGAGGAGGAGGAAGAAGACGAUGAUGACGAGGAUAAUAAAAUUGAUUUUAAUAUUGAAAUAAAGCAACCAAGUGAAAUUGAAUUGAUGGAGAGACAGGCGAGGCGUUUUCUGGCCGAAGGUCAAGUCGAGAACUACCAACAAGCCGAGCUUGCCGUCAGCUUAAUGACUCUUAAAUUUUCCGUUGAGGAAGCUCUCGAAGCUGUUAAAGACUGUCACACUCUAGACGCCGCUAUCGCAUAUUUACAACAAGACUGUGAAUUGUGUGCCGGCAAAUAUCCCAUGAAUCAGAUCAUAUCUAUGCUAAAAUGUACUCAUCGUUGCUGUCAAGAAUGCGCUAAAAAUUAUUUCACGGUCCAAGUGACUGACAGGACGAUAAUGGACUGCACUUGCCCUUUCUGCAAACAACCAGAGCUGACAAGUAGCGAAAUAUCUGAAGACGAAGUUUCGGAUUAUUUUGCCAAUUUAGAUAUUCUUCUUAAGGGGAUUCUAGACGCCACCGUCCAUGAGCUUUUCCAAAGGAAAUUACGUGACCGGACUUUGAUGCAAGACCCCAAUUUCAAGUGGUGCGUCAAGUGUUCGAGUGGAUUUAUCGCAAAUCCUCGUCAAAGACGUCUCGUUUGUCCUGACUGCAAAAGCGUUACGUGUGCUAAUUGCCGUCGACCGUGGGAGAAACAACAUGAAGGCAUCUCUUGCGAAAAAUUCGCAGAGUGGAAAGACGCAAACGACCCGGAAAAUCAGGCUUCUGCAGUUGCGAAACAUUUGGCCGAAAACGGAAUCGAUUGUCCCAAAUGCAAAUUCCGAUAUUCCCUCGCACGAGGAGGCUGUAUGCAUUUCACUUGCACUCAGUGCAAACACGAGUUUUGUUACGGUUGUGGUAAGCCGUUCAUGAUGGGGGCCAAGUGUGGAGUUAGCCAGUAUUGCGGCAAGUUAGGGCUUCAUGCCCACCAUCCCCGCAAUUGUCUGUUUUAUUUGCGAGACAAGGAACCCACAGAAUUGCAAAAAUUGCUCAAGGAGUAUAAGGUCCCCUUCGAUACUGACAUCCCGGCCGAUAAAGAAGAAAAUGCAGCAGCUGUAGCUAAAUGCUUCGUUCCGUUGCAGAGGGAAACCCCAAAUGGUCUCAUCGACACCGUCUGCAACAACGAGGUUUCCUCCGGUCAAGCCGGUCUUUGCAGGCUGCAUUACAUCGAGUAUUUAGUUGGGCUCAUUGGCAGACACAAAUUGGACCCAAUCACGAUCCUGGAUCUGGUAGAAGUGAGUCAGGAAUUGAAGAGACGCGGCAAAGAAUUGCCAGAAAGAACGGCUAGUUGUAACGACCAGGAGUACAGAAAUUUGUGUGUCAAGAUUGUGAAGGAGCAGAUUCCAUUGGAUUGACCGAAAUUAACCCCAAAAAAUUUCCAAUGACAUAAUAUACAGUGUGAUUGUUUUCAAUGUUAUUUUAUAAAUAAACUAAGUAGAUUUCUAUGAA